AUGAACUAUUUGAUUGGAUUCCAGGUUAUUGCUGAAAUCAGAACAGCAUCAAUGAAUGCAAUCAACGACGAGGAAGCAGGGUACAUUGCAUAUAAGGCAGAAUACAAGCACGAUAUAGAUCGCCUUAUGUUGUACAAUACUAAAUUUGUAUUAGACCUUCAUCAACUGACAGCUGCAGAUUUUAGUGGAUUGGAAACACUAUUUGCAUUGAAAUGCCUUACGAAUUCAGAGAAUGCAAACAAAACAAUUGUCAAAUUGAGUCUAUUACUGAAAAUUCUGCCUAAAAAAAUCAUCAACCUGAAAAACGGUAAUUUGAUUUUUAAUGAUGAAACCAGAACAUUCCUGUACAGCAACAUGUAUUGUUGUAUGAAGAUGACACUAAAAAUACAUCUGAUACUCAAAGAAAGAAAGGUGCUCGUAGGCCAUGCAGCAUAUUUGAGUGAAAUGAUAUCAAAAAAUGAGAAUCUCGGGAUAUUUAAAGAUAGCUCUCAAUGGAAACAAACCAGUCUGAUGCUAGUGAAUUCAGUACAGAAAUUCAAUGCCAUCGAAUAUGAUUUCCAACAACUCAAGUGUAUUACAGCAGAAAUCAAAAAUAUCAUUGACACAGCUUAUUAA